AUGGUCCUUGGCCUUGAAACCACACAUCCAUCUCCACAGAACGAAGCCAAGCAGAAGCAGAUGCUGCCGUACUGCUCACAGGAGCAAGCUGCGAAAAAGGACAAAAGUCAGCAGUUUUUUAAGAGGAGCCUCGAAAUAUUGAAACACUUGAAAAGCGACAAAGAUAAGGACGAAGCCUACAAGCUCCUCGCCAAGGCGGCAGAGAUGGGGAACCAGAAGGCGAUGGAGAAACUGGCCGCCAAUAUGCUGUUCGGCUACAACGGUCCUCAGAAUAUAAAAGCCGCCGUGUCGUUGUACGAGAUCUUAGCGGAAGGGGGGUCUCAUAAGGGCCAGACCGCUUUAGGAUUUUUGCUGUCAUACGGGAUAGGAGUGGAACAUAAUCAAGCAAAGGCACUUUUAUACUACACCUUUGCGAGUAUUGGAGGAAAUCUGAUAUCCAAGACUAUCUUGGGUUAUCGGUUCUGGCUAGGAAUCAAUGUUCCAAGGAACUGUGAGGCAGCACUUAUCAACUACAGGAAAGUUGCACGUUUCAUUGCUAAACAAUUAGAGAAAAACGAAGACUUGCCUGUAGAAAAAGUGAGGCUGAUGGAAAAGCCAGAAAAUCAGAGUUCUAAUACAGAAUUCCUGGACUGGGAUGUUUAUCAAUACUACAGGUUUUUGGCUGAAAGAGGAGACACACAGAUACAAGUGUUUCUCGGACAACUGCACCUUUUGGGAAGAAAAGGACUUAAAAGAGAUCAUGCUAAAGCCUUCUACUACUUCCUAAAAGCAGCAGACGCAGGGGACGCUAAUGGUAUGGCAUUCUUGGGAAAGAUGUAUUUAGAAGGAAGCACUGCAGUGGCUCAGGAUAAUGCGACUGCCUUGAGGUAUUUCAGAACGGCAGCAGAUAAGGGCAACCCUCUUGGAUUAUGUGGACUGGGUCUUCUUUAUUUCCGUGGCAGAGGUGUCCAGAUGAAUUACACGGAAGCUUUUAAAUACUUUCAAAAAGCAGCUGAGAAAGGAUUUUCCAGAGCCCAGCUUCAUCUAGGAGUCAUGUACUACAGUGGUGCCUCGUCGUUCCAGAAAUUGCCAAACUUUAUGGUAACACCAUACAGGUUUUUCCGGCGAUUCCUAGAGCGAUGUGACAUCAUUCAGAGAAGUGACAGACUUUACAGGACUGUAUGCGAGCUAGGAAGAUGGUCAGAAAAAUUCCUGACAGCGUACUUUUCAUACCAGGCUGGACAGACGGAUCCGUCUCUGGUGCACUACUUGUUCCUUGCCGAAAUGGGGUAUGAGAUCGCUCAGAUCAAUUCGGCCUACAUUAUCGAAUCUGAAAAGAUUAAAAUAUUCCACCAGAACCAGAUCUAUCCACUGGCUCUUCUUUUAUGGAACCGGGCUGCCACUCAAGGCAACGCAUUUGCCAGAGUUAAAAUGGGAGAUUAUCACUACUAUGGUUUUGGAACAGAGAGGGAUCACAUCGCGGCCGUGGUUCAUUACAUCCUUGCUGCCGAUCAGUACAGUGCUCAAGCCAUGUUCAAUCUGGGAUAUAUGUGCGAGCACGGCUUGGGCGUUCAUAAGGAUAUCCAUUUAGCUAGAAGAUGGUACAACCUGGCGGCAAAGACAAGCUCCGAUGCUUUGAUACCGGUGUUCCUGGCGAGCGUUAAACUAGAAGCUGCCCAUCUGCUGAGUGAACUCCAGCUUCUUGUUAAACCCUCUCUGCUGCUGGUGAGUACAUGGCCGCUUAUCCUGGGGAUGCCACCACUGUCUGAAGUUCAGAGUUUUUGA